CGACGUGCUUCACGUUCGUUGACAUCUCCCUCAGCACUAUUUCUCCACCUUCUUAUCCAAUCCCAUCCACCUUGUAUAACAAUCUCUCGCCAAACCCAAGAAAAAUGCGAAAAACAAAAUCAACCAUGAUUCAGAAAAGUACAAAACACACGCUUCUAGAGCGACCUUGGUGCAUCGUGGUUGCUCUAGCUGGUCUUAUAGCUGGCGCAGUGCUGAUCACAAGUUUCAUCCGAUCUACGGACAACACUUUAUCACUAUGUUCCACGGCUAAGACAACCGCAAAAUCCAUAGCUGAAUACACAGCCACACCAAUCCAACUCCAAUCCAUCGUCCAUUACGCAACCUCACGCAUCGUCCCUCAACAAACCUUCGAAGAGGUUUCAAUCUCCUUAGACGUCCUUAAAGACCGUUUACCAUGCAACUUUCUCAUCUUUGGCCUAGGACGUGACUCUCUCAUGUGGGCCUCUCUUAAUCCAGGUGGCAACACUGUGUUCUUGGAGGAGGAUCCUGAGUGGAUCCAGGCCGUUCUCAAGGAGGUACCGUCCCUAAGAGCCCAUCAUGUUCAGUAUCGGACACAACUCUCUCAAGCGGACCGUCUCCUCGCCACGUACAAGUCCGAACCAAAAUGUUUACCAGCUAACGCUUUCCCCAUACGUUACAACGAGAAGUGUCCUUUGGCGUUGACUUCACUUCCUGAUGAGUUUUAUGAUACUGAGUGGGAUUUGAUCAUGGUGGACGCACCAAAAGGAUACUUUGCUACCGCGCCAGGGAGGAUGGGAGCAAUAUUCUCGGCAGCUGUCAUGGCACGUAACAGGAAGGGUGCUGGCACGACGCAUGUUUUUCUUCAUGACGUUAACCGCAAAGUGGAGAGAACUUACGCCAAUGAGUUUCUAUGUAAGAAGUAUAAAGCCAAAUCUGCUGGUAAGCUAUGGCACUUUGAAAUACCCAAUGCUGCUAACAUGAGUGAUCAGCCAGGGGACCGGUUUUGCUAGAUUGCGUCCAUAUUCGGUUCUUGGUUACUUCCUUUACAUUAAACUCCGCAUAGUUUGAAAUCGUUUUAUAUUUAAAUAUACAACUAUCCAAAGGCUUCUCAUUAAAAUAAAUUAUGUAUCCUAUCACUAUUGCUCUUUGUGUUUUGUAUGCUGUGGGUGUAGAAAAUUAUUGAAGUUAGUGUUGGACAUAAAUGUUCGAGGCUGGUUUCAUUUUUGCUAAGUUAUAAAUUUUACAAAUUACUAAAUGAUCCUCCAAAUGGCACAUGUGUGUAUAUUGUUCAUUGUUGUGAGAAAUAGGAUGAAAAAGGUUAAA